GAACAGGUCCGUGCUGGAGUCCCGCCUCUGCGCGCAGCGUCCUAAAGCGCAGCACCACAGCCUGGAGUCUGGAGACGCGCUCCAAACUCCGGCCAGCUUCAGCUCCAGCCCGAGCCAUGAACCCCGAGAAAGGAUGACCUCGAGGUGUAAACCCGCUUUCCCUCCCAACAUUUCGACCGAAGCCAUGUGGGAGUCGAACGUCUCUAAAGCUGCGCGCGACGGCAGAACCAACAGCAGCGCCGGCUGUGGAUCGGUGUCCGUCGCCUUCCCCAUAACCAUGAUGCUGACGGGGAUGGUGGGCAAUUCCCUCGCCAUCAUACUGGUUUAUAGCUCGUACAGGAAAAAGGAAAACAAAAGGAAGCAGUCGUUCCUGCUCUGCGUCGGUUCUUUGGCGCUGACCGAUCUUUUUGGGCAAUUGCUGACCAGUCCCAUAGUCAUCUCCGUGUACAGAGUGGAGCUGCAGUGGGAUCGUGACCCGUCGCGAACUUUGUGCGCCUUCUUCGGAGUCUGCAUGACCACUUUCGGCCUCUGCUCUCUCUUCAUGGCCAGCGCGAUGGCGAUCGAAAGGGCCUUGGCCAUCACGGCUCCUCACUGGUACUCAAACAACAUGAGAACCAACGUGACCAAGCAAGUGCUCGUCACCGUCUGGUGCCUGGUCCUGCUUUUCGCACUGCUGCCCAUAGCCGGUGUGGGAGAGUACACCCUGCAGUGGCCGGGCACCUGGUGCUUCAUCAGCACGGGGGACAGAGAUUUGGGCAACACGUUUUUCGCCACUACGUUCGCCGCCUUGGGCACGUUCUCGCUGCUCGUCACUUUCUUCUGCAACGUGGUCACCAUCCACGCGCUGGUUGCGCGGUGCAAAGCCAAACCCAGCGCGUCGCAGUCAUCCAAACAGUGGGAGAGACCUCCACGGGAGACGGUCAUUCAGCUGCUGGGGAUCAUGUGCGUCCUGCUUAUCUGCUGGUCCCCUUUACUGAUACUAAUGUUGAAGAUGAUCUCCACCCAUACGUCUUCUGAUCAGUGCAAGCAAUCGUCUGCUUCUCUCUUGCCAGAUCAGGACUUACAGAUGGACUGUAACUUCUUUCUGACAGCCAUACGUCUGGCCUCUCUCAAUCAAAUUCGACCUUGGGUUUACCUUCUCCUGAGGGAGAUCCUGCUGAGGAAAGUUCUGCCAGUGGCUAACGCAGUGUCCAACUGCUCACUGGAAGGACAGAAAGAGACGCAGAAGGAGACCAUGUUGGACAUGACAAAGAAGCAGGCAGUUGAAAAUGAUGAGUUUCAGAAACUGUCUCCUCUCAGUCCUAGUGGAAGUGCACAGGCGUGACUUAAGUUAUUUAUAUAAUGCUAUGUAAACAUAUGUUUUAAAAAGGGCAGUGGGAUCUGUACGUUUAAUCUCAUUCUGAGAGACUCUGACUUUUGUGACAUGCACUUGGCUCUGGUUGGUAGAACUUAUGAAUGCUGAGUGAACCCAGCAUGCUAGCAUGUGACCACUUGACUGUUUUAAGCAACUAGAACUGACCUGGCAUUUGAAGCAGGGUUGCUAAAUUACCAUCCUGUGAAGUAAAACACUGUGGUGAGGGAAACUUAACAGCCAAAAUACCCUGAAUAGCAAUAUCAGAUAAGAAUGGAUUCCUGAGUUUCAAAGGAAAUUCAAAGAGCUUUUCAUUAAACAGGUUGGUAAUUUCAAAUCAUCUAAAUAAUGAAUUGUUAGUGUGGCUACAGCAUUGCACUUUUGUGUGCCAACAAAGUGAAUGAGUAAUUUAAGAUCUUAUUAAUAUAAUAUCUUAAUUUACAGUAGUGCUUCUUUGCAGCAAAGCACUGGAUGGUCCCAAAAUAUUUUUACAUGCUGUUAUGAUGAGCAUAAAGGUACAGAGGCUAUGAUGAUGCAUUUGUAACUAACAUGCUGUACAUCAUGUCAUGUGAUGUUCCUCCACACAGAAGAACACUGUGCCAGGCCUACAAAGAUUUGUUAAUGCAUGUUAAGCUUGAGUGAAACUUGGCAUGUUUUCACGCUUGUAUGCAGUGUUUGCAUUCAUUCCUUCAUUUCUAGUUUCUAAAUGCAGUAAACCAUCACCUGUAGUCCCCACUACUACUCAUACAGUAAUGUUCAGCUUGCCCUUGAAGCUGGCCCAUGUUCCUCACAACGUGAUACCAUUAUCUGUCUGCACCACACACUGCAAUGUCAGGGAGCAUUUAUGAGGACCCAUGUGACUCAAGCUAAUAUGAACAUUAGAAUGUGUAGCUUUAACACAUAAUGACCUCCACUGUGCUGAAACAACCAGUCCUCAAAUAAUAAUCAGUAGUUACUCUCCUCUUAGUUGGGAAACCCAUUCCCUCCAAAAAUCCCUGCUUCUCUGUGGCAGCAAUGUGUCAAAAUCUUGACUUGAAAUUUCUAAAUAAUUUAUUUUCCUGAAACACUGACUUAAUAUCUCAAAAUAAUUACUGUUUCUUCUCAAAACACUGACUACAUAUCUCAAAAUCUGUCAUUAUUUUGAUAUCAGUACAAUACUUUAAGAAAAUGAGCCAUUACUUUGAGAUACAAAGUCAAUGGUUCUAGAGGUUAUCAAUAUUUUGUGAAAAUAUUUUGUCAGUAAAGUGAGAAAAUUCAUCAUUAUGUUGAGAUACCAAUUAAUUUUAGAAGUUAGUCAAUAUUUGAAAUAUUAAGUCAAUGUUCUGAGGAAAUAGUCACUAUUUCAAGGUAGUAAUUCAGACAUUGUGACAUGCUGCUACCAGAAACAGAGGAGAAAAAAACAAACAAUUAGGUGGGAAUGGGGCUCCAUAUCUUGGAGAGGUGUUGCAAUGUACCAAGCAGAAAAUUAACCUUAUGGAUGAACAGUGCCUUAUUUAGUCAUUGCCAACAAGCUAUCAAGACUCCAGCCUUAUUGCAUUUGUCAUUAUAUAGCAUUUAAGAGUUUAGUCUGCAGGAGACAUUUACUGUGCCUUUCUGACUACAACAUCGUAGCAUUAAAGUUGAAAAUUGUUGAAACAGGAAUUGCAAAGGAAUCAUUGCUUCAUUUGUGUUAGUUUAAUUAUCGAAUCUUCUUCAUUAAUGCUGGGAAUUAAUGGUGUUUUUUCAUGUGGAGAUUUCUGGCUCAUUCAUAGCCAAUAACAGCUGCAAAGUGAAUCAGUAGUGUUCAGUUGAAUUAGAGUUUAGCAAUAUGUAGAACAAUGAUUAACCAGUAUGUAUUGGAAAACAUUUAAUGAGCUUGAACUUUUAAAAUACUGUCUGUAUGUUUACCAUGCAUUGUCCUGAAUUUGAUCUAAAGGUGCCAUUUAUACUGUAAUAAUAAGUAGGCAGCUGACUCACAGACUCAAGUCUGUAAUAACUCCCUCUAGUACCUCCUACAAUACCAGAUAGCCUAUCUGUUCCCAGCAGCAGCGAGCGACUGUUCUGAAUAGGCACUUAGCCACAAGAAAAGUGGGGAAGAACAUGUUAUGACACAGCUUUGCAUUUAGUUUUGCUUUUAAUUUUUACAUCAUUUUAAUUUUGUAAAUUAAAGAUAAAAUGCCAGAGAAUGGGCUUAAAAUUAAAAUUUACAAUCAGGCAGUUUGCACCCUUAGUAGUUUGCAUAUGUUUUAAGGAAAUUAAUGAUUUGUUAAAACACACCCCACACACACAAACUUUAAAUGAAACCAUCUUAAUGGACCUCUUGACUCCAGGCUCUAAUUCACUGAUUCCUUUGAGGUAUUAAUAGUGUUUAUAUGCUGUGGUGAUAACUUUAUCGUUAUUUGUGAAGUAUAGAACAUUCACCAGGACUAACCAGCUCUGUAUCACUGACUCACUCUUUCAAGCAUGAAGCUGAUUCACCAGUUAUUCCUGUGACCAUUCAGUGCUUUGUUUAAAGAUUUUUAUCCGAGCUGCAGCGUCGUGUUCCAAGGUCUUAGUGCUUCUGUUGUCAAAGGUGUUUGAGCUGUUACGGAAAUACUGCUGGUGUUCUCGGAACAAUGGAUUGGGCACCCCAGAGUCCAGACCUAAACAUCAAUGAAUUGUGUUUGGGCUUGAUCAUGAGAAGCAGAAAGUGCAACCACCUUCUACAACUGAACUUUGGAGGUUACAAAAAACCUCUUUGAAAAACUGAAAGCAGCUUUCCUGAGAAGAUGGAACCUGUAAUAAAGGCAAAGGGUGGACACCUAAUACUGGAAAAUUUAAUGGUAUGACCAUUCUUACCAACACAAACCCUCUGUAACCAGAUCUGAAUGAAAAUGUUGUGCAAUCAGAAGCAAGUGAAAGAUUUCAUGUGGUUACUGACUUGAAGUAACCACAUGAUGGUCUGUUAAACUAUGGUCUGUUAAAACUGUGAUAUCUUUAAGCUACCGUAUGAAUACUUGCAUUGUAUUUAUAAUAUUAGUUUGGAAUUGCCUACCCAAGACAAAGAAUGGCAGAAUGUAUUAGAGUUGCAGUCCUCUUUAAAAUGUUGUACGUUCCAGUACGAUGUUAAUACUGGAGUGUAAUACAGGCACCAUGGGUGUUAUAUGCAUACGCAUGCACCCCUGGUCAAAUUACAUGUUUUGUUGAUUUUCUAAGUAAAACACACAGUUAACACAUCCAAUACAAACCUAAACAUGAUAGAACUGGUUAAUAUUCUUUUUCUUCACCCACUGCUGUACAGUAACAGAAGACAUUUUAAAGGUGGCCAAACGUCUCUACACUUUGAUGGGAGAUUACAGAAAAAACAAGAAUGAGUUUUGAGACAUUCCCAAAGUGAAUUAAUAUUAGGCCUUUACAGUGGAGGGCGCCAAGGACUAAACUUCAAACUUCAGGGUAUUUCUUCCAUGAAUGUAAUUUUCAAUGUUACUGUGUGCUUACAGCUCAUUUAAGCCACCAUAAGCUAUUACUAUUGUAAUGAGGGCUUUUACUGAACUGACAUCAAUGUAGGGACAUGCUUUGCUUGCUGUAUAUUUGAUAAGGAAAUGUUUGCAAAUGCUUGCAGUUGUUGAGUCUGUCUGUUCUAAGCCAUCAAUCAACGUUCUUUGCUUUUAUUGUAGCUUCUGAUGUGAGUCUAAUCUGUCCUGCCAGUUUCAUCUAUGGGGAUGGACUAUAUUUUACUUUGUCAUAUCUUCUCUGUAAAGGAAUUGAAGUAUUCAAUUUUUUUGUGAAAUGCCAAUUCAGAACGUUGGACAAUUAUCAUUAGGAUUGUGAACUUGUGAUGAUAGUUUGUAAAGCCACCUAUUAAGGUGAAAUAAUUCACAGGUCUGACCUCCAACACAUUUCAUUAAUUUUACAUGACAAAAACACUCAUAUGCUUUACUAGUGCUGGUGUAUGUGCUGUUUGCCCAGCAGAAUAAAAAAGGAGGAGAAUGUGUGAAUUUCA